AUGAAGUACCUGGAAGAACCGCAGCUGUCGUGGCUGAAUGCUGUCCUGGGUAGCUAUAACCUGGGCGACCGCGUCCUGACGGGCAAGCUUGAGACAUACUCGUGCAAGAAAGCAGGCAGCGACAAGCGCUUGGCCAAGCAACUGGAGCUCUCGUACCAGCAGGAGAUUGAGCUCUCGUGCAGCGAUACACGACCACUGACGUCGUCAUCGUUGGGUCCCCUAGCAGCCGCGGCCACUCGCAAACUACUUAUAACUCUCAUUUCGACUAUGAACGCCAGCUUCCCCGAUUAUGAUUUUAGCGCGGUUCGUCCGGAUCAGUUCUGCAAGGUUAUCGACUUUCGCAGCGCCCUCCAGCGUAUCAAUCACGACUUGGCUGAGCUGCUGGACGCAGAAAGCAACGGGUUUGUCGAAAAGAUGUGGGAGAGCGUGGCCGAAGUGAUCAAGCUCGACGAGUGUGACGUGUACAGCUACAUCCCGGACAUGGACUCGGACCCGUUCUCGGACGGCCACUUGUGGUCAUUCAACUACUUUUUCUACAACAAGAUGCAAAAGAAGGUGUUGUACUUUACGUGCAUCUGCAAAGGGUUGACGUACGACUCUGCUACGGACGACGAGGUGAUGGAAGAGUCAGAUGCUAUGGAUGACGAGGGCGAAGAUGGUAUGGAGGACUACUUUGGCAUGUCACCAGACUGGGAGGACGGAUUGUAA